AUGAAGUGUCAGAGAGCCCUCACCUACCUGCGGAUAUUUGGCACCACCAUGUUCGGCGUGUCCCUCCUGGUGGGCAUCUCCACGGCCUACAUCAUGGGCUACCAGUUCUUCACCACCGCUCGCAAUCACCUAUCCUUCGGCCUCUACGGUGCCAUCUUGGUAAUCCACCUCAUUAUCCAGAGCCUCUUCGCGCUCUUAGAACACCGAAACAUGCGGCGGUCCUUAGAGACGCCGAUCAAACUGAAUAAGUCCUUGGCGUUGUGCAUCGCGGCCUAUCAAGAGGACCCAAACUACCUGAAGAAGUGCCUGGUGUCGGUGAAGAGGCUGACGUACCCGGGGAUCAAGGUGAUCAUGGUGAUCGACGGAAACUCGGACGACGACUUGUACAUGAUGGAUAUUUUCAAAGAGAUCAUGGGACGGGACAAAUCGGCCACGUACGUGUGGCGGAGUAACUGUCACAGCCGAGGGCCCGAGGAGACGGAUGAGACCUUCGCCGAGAGCCUUCAGCAGGUCACCAAGACGGUCCUCAACAACAAGUGUGUGUGCAUCAUGCAGAAGUGGGGCGGGAAGAGAGAGGUCAUGUACACGGCCUUCAAAGCACUGGGGCGAAGCAUCGACUACGUGCAGGUGUGUGACUCCGACACGAUGUUGGACCCGGCAUCAUCGGUGGAGAUGGUGAAGGUUCUCGAGGAAGACCCUAUGGUGGGAGGCGUUGGAGGAGAUGUGCAGAUCCUAAACAAAUACGAGUCCUGGAUCUCCUUCCUGAGCAGCGUGCGGUACUGGAUGGCCUUCAACAUUGAGCGGGCCUGCCAGUCCUACUUUGGUUGCGUGCAGUGCAUCAGCGGGCCUUUAGGAAUGUACCGGAACUCCCUCCUGCACGAGUUCCUCGAGGACUGGUACAAUCAGACUUUCAUGGGAUCCCACUGCAGCUUUGGGGACGACCGCCAUCUCACCAACAGAGUUCUAAGCCUCGGGUACGCAACCAAAUAUACGGCUCGGUCGAAGUGCCUUACUGAGACGCCGAUCACGUACCUGCGAUGGCUCAAUCAACAAACUCGAUGGAGUAAGUCAUAUUUCAGAGAGUGGCUCUACAACUCCAUGUGGUUCCACAAGCACCAUCUAUGGAUGACUUAUGAGGCCGUGAUCACCGGCUUCUUCCCUUUCUUCCUCAUUGCCACCGCGAUCCAACUCUUCUACCAAGGAAGGCUCUGGAAUAUUCUAUUGUUUCUGCUCAUUGUGCAGGGGGUGGCGCUGAUCAAGGCCUCGUUUGCCAGCUGCCUCAGAGGUAACAUUGUCAUGGUGUUCAUGUCGUUCUACUCCGUACUGUACAUGUCGAGCCUGUUGCCGGCCAAAAUGUUCGCAAUAGCAACAAUCAACAAGUCUGGAUGGGGGACUUCGGGGAGGAAGACGGUGGUGGUGAACUUCAUUGGUCUGAUUCCCAUAUCAGUUUGGUUCACGAUCCUCUUCAUCGGGAUUAUCUAUACUGUAAUCCUGCAGACUAAAAAGCCCUUUCCUGAAUCAGAAAAGAUUGUUCUGGUCAUAGGGGCAGUCGUCUAUGCCAGUUACUGGGUCGUACUGUUGACGUUGUACACAGUGCUCAUAAAUAGGUGUGGGAAGAGGAAGAAGGAAACGCACUAUGACAUGGUGCUGGAUGUAUGA